AUGUCUGUGGAACAGUUUAUCAACGAUCAACUUCACGCAAUUGUCGGAAUCAGUGAUAAGUCAAUAUGCCAAUAUGUUCAUGCUCUGGCAAAGAAAGCUAAAACUUCUCGGGAUUUAGUAGAGAAACUCGGAGAGGACUGUGACAUUAAAGUUUCACCAGCAAUUCAAUCAUUCGCUGAUCAGUUGUUGAGCCGAAUGCCUCGACAAGCAGCACCCGUACGACAGAGAGGACCAACAGCAACUGAACUAGCAGAGCAAGAACUAAAAAGAUUGAAUCGUGCCGUUGGAGUAUUACAAGACGAUGAUUAUGUAUCCUCAAAAACGAAAAAUGUUCGGAAGAGGAAAGAGAGUAGUAGUGAAGAUGAGGCUCCAAAACCAAGUAAAAAGAGCUCGAAGCCAGUGAAAAAGGUUGAAGAAUCAGAUGAUUCUGAUAUUGAAGCAAUUGAAGCUCGUUUAGAUGCAGAUAUUGCUGAAAGAGAUGCUCUAGCUGCCCGAAUUAACAAAAAAGAGAAAGAAAAGACGAGAAGUGUGAUGGAAAAGAAACGAGAUGAUAACAAAGACAAGGAAGGAUCAUCGAUUGAUAAACUAAGAGAGGAAUCAAGAAGGCAGUACUUGAAGAAAAGGAAAGACGAUAAAUUGGAGGAGUUGGAAGCGAUUGUUUAUGAUGAUCAGACUCUUUUUGCUAAUGAAAAACUCACGAAGCGAGAAAGAGAGGACAUGGAAUACAGGAAGACAGUGUUAGAAUACGCAAAAGCUCACGGAAAAGCUGGAGAAGUGAUGAAAAUCAAAAGAUAUCAUCUUCCAGAUGCCACAUCACGAAGUAUGCCUACAGAGUAUAUCGAUGACGACGAGGAAGAUUUACUACCGGGUGGUGAUGGAGCAAAGUGGGAAGCUGAUCAAUUGACGUCAGCUAUGCUUCAUAUUGGAGCGAAGGAUGCGAAGAAGAACGAACCGGAAUUCGAGUUGUUAUUAGAUGAGCAAAUCGACUUCAUUCAAGCACUUCAAAUGCCAGGAACGAAUGAAAAAGAUGAAGAAAAAGAGACAGAAGCAGAGAAAAAGAAGAUGUCGAUCGCAGAAGUUCGGAAAUCACUUCCAGUAUAUGCAUUUAGAGACGCAUUUAUUGAAGCAGUGAAAGAGCAUCAAGUACUGAUUAUUGAAGGAGAAACUGGCUCUGGAAAGACAACACAACUGCCACAAUAUUUGUAUGAAGCUGGGUUUUGUGAAGGAGGAAAACGAAUCGGAUGUACACAGCCAAGACGUGUCGCAGCGAUGUCUGUUGCAGCGAGAGUUGCAGAUGAAGUGAAUUGUAAAUUAGGAACACAGGUUGGAUACAGUAUCCGUUUCGAAGAUUGCACAUCAGAGAAGACUGUAUUGAAAUACAUGACAGACGGAAUGCUUCUUCGAGAGUUUCUCAAUGAACCAGAUCUGGCUAGUUACAGUGUAAUGAUGAUCGACGAGGCUCACGAACGUACACUUCACACAGAUAUUCUUUUCGGUCUUGUCAAAGAUAUUGCUCGAUUCCGAAAAGAUUUGAAACUUCUCAUUUCAUCUGCUACUCUCGAUGCUGAAAAGUUCUCAAGUUUCUUCGAUGACGCUCCAAUUUUCCGGAUUCCAGGACGCCGUUUCCCGGUUGAUAUUUACUACACCCAAGCUCCGGAAGCUGAUUACUUGGAUGCUGCGAUUGUGACUGUAAUGCAAAUCCAUUUGACACAACCACUACCCGGUGAUAUUUUGGUGUUUUUAACGGGUCAAGAAGAAAUUGAAACCGUACAAGAAGCGCUGAUGGAAAGGUCGAAAGCACUGGGCUCAAAAAUUAAAGAGUUGAUUCCCCUCCCGGUUUAUGCUAAUUUGCCGAGUGAUUUACAAGCAAAGAUUUUCGAGCCAACACCAAGAGAUGCCAGGAAAGUUGUACUUGCUACAAAUAUUGCUGAAACAUCUGUUACUAUUGAUGGAAUCAGUUUUGUCAUUGACCCCGGAUUCUCGAAACAAAACUCAUUCGAUGCAAGAAGUGGAGUGGAACAUUUACACGUUGUCACUAUUUCAAAGGCUGCAGCAAAUCAACGAGCAGGUCGUGCCGGUCGAACAGGUCCUGGUAAAUGCUUCCGUCUUUACACUGCUUGGGCUUAUAAACAUGAACUGGAAGAACAACCGAUUCCCGAAAUUCAACGAACAAAUCUUGGAAAUGUUGUAUUGAUGUUGAAAUCUCUGGGUAUUCACGAUCUUGUACAUUUUGACUUUUUGGAUCCGCCACCUCAGGAAACACUCGUCAUUGCACUUGAACAGUUAUACGCUUUGGGUGCGCUCAACCAUCGAGGAGAAUUGACGAAAUUGGGUAGAAGAAUGGCUGAAUUUCCAUGUGAUCCGUGUAUGAGUAAAAUGAUUAUUGCAAGUGAAAAAUACGAAUGUUCUGAAGAGAUUGUCACGAUUGCUGCCAUGUUGUCAUGUAAUGCUGCUGUAUUUUACAGACCGAAAGCCCAAGUAAUCCACGCAGAUUCUGCUCGAAAAGGCUUCUGGAGCCCUGCUGGAGAUCACAUCACAUUGAUGAAUGUCUACAAUAAAUGGCAGGAGUCACAGUUUUCUCAAAGAUGGUGUAUCGAAAACUAUGUUCAACAUCGAACAAUGAAACGAGCGAGAGAUGUUCGAGAUCAAUUGGUUGGAUUAUUAGAAAGAGUCGAAAUUGAACUGAAAUCUUCCACCGACACAAUCAAGAUUCGGAAAGCAAUCACCGCUGGAUACUUUUACAAUGUUUCGAAAUUGGAUAAUACAGGACACUACAAAACGGUCAAACACAAGCACACCACCCACCCUCAUCCGAAUUCAUGCCUUUUCGAAGAGACGCCACGCUGGGUUAUAUACUACGAAUUGGUAUUCACAAGCAAAGAGUUCAUGAGAGAGAUGUCCGAAAUCGAAAGUGGAUGGCUUUUGGAAGUGGCGCCCCAUUACUACAAGGGACGAGAACUGGAAGAUUCAACAAACAAAAAGAUGCCAAAACAACGUGGAAAAUCUGCAAAGGAGCUGGAACGAUGA